ACCGGACUUUUGUACAUUAUGUAACAUAUGAUAAAAAUUUACUUUUUAACCUCAAAACCCUCGGCAGCAUAUCUUUAACGAUUUCAAUGCAUUGGCUUCACAUAACCGAAGUCAUACCGACGAAUGCAUGCUUUGGUGGACGGGUGAUGCAAGCCUUCAAUGUAUGCAUGUGACUAUUUCGUUUCCCGACGUAAGGGCCAAUCCGACCGCUGCCCCCCGAUCGGCCCAUCCACCGCAACACGUCCCGGAGAACAGAAACUUGACGUGCCUAAAGAGCUUAAACUAGAUACUCAAUCCCAAAUGACCCCUCCGCCCACCAGCACCGACUAUAGUCUACUAUCACCUAAUCUCAGCGACAUCUUGAACGACGAUCAAGUACUCAAAUUCUAUCAGAGCGUCAAAGAUAUCAAGGCUCAACAGUCGCCGACCAAAACAGCUGCCAUGUUUUUUGCGUUUUGUCAUGCUUUAAACCAACAAACGACAUUUUUGAAAGUCCCCAACCUGAACCGGCUACUCUUUCGACAGGACGAGAAAUGCUAUUCCGUCGAUGUGACUGGCACUGGCCAAGACAAUGUCGAUGCCUUAUCUGAUUUCUGUUUAGACAUAUUGAGGUUAGACCGAUCGACAGCAAAUACAAUUUUACAAGAUGUCAUGAGCCUGCGACCCUCUGAAAUGACAUCCAAGCGUCACCCGUCCGAUAAAAAUGCAAAGCGAGAAGGCUCGCAAUUUGCCAACGGAACAGUGGCCAAGAAGCCAAGAAAAGCUGGCUUGCAAGCCAAAGAAUAUGACGAAAGAAAACUCGGAAUGCUGAAUGAUUUGUUACGAAUAUCUGAUCACGAUCUUAAACAACUUGCCAAAGUCGUAGAAGAUACCGUUGGCAAGAUAAUAAAAGGCGAAGUCCCUGAUGACGAGAAGGAUAUGGACGCUCUCGCCAUGUUUUCCAAAUACGCCAAUGCAGCGGCUCACAUGGAAACAGACUUUGCACCUAGAAACGCUGGAUUUUACUACAACCACGAAUACUUCCAAUUAUACCAAGCAUAUCGAAAAUAUGAGAAAGAAAGAGAACAGUUGAAUCACGCUGGCGCUUCAGUCGAUACUCGAUCCAUCUCAGUGCAAUGCCGGUCCGAGCUUGAGAAAAAACUUCAAACUACAAAUUGGGAGGCGAUACGGAGACGAUUGACCAUUGGUGAAAGAAUAACGGCUUUAGCGCAAGCGAUUGGACCUGGCUACCUGCUUCUAAGUCGACAGGUGUCUGGUCGUAAGCUAUUGCAUACCUUCAGCACAGUUGAAUGGGUCAAAUUUAUGAACGAGCUAUCCCAGCCUGAGCAUAUAGAGGCAGUUAGCACAUUGAAAUAUAGACUAGCAGCCGAAAACUUGUAUGCACCUACCAUGUAAAUGAUACCGAGCAGGCGGGUUGUGUACAGUUUUCAAAAUUCUGCUCAUUUUGCUUUGUAUACCUUUUCAUCGUUUACUCUGUAGCAUUUUCAUUCCCAUGUUUUUCUCUCCACAGAUAAAUUUUUUUUGGUGUUUUUUAACGUAACGAUGUCGUU